CAGCCAUCGCGGGCGGUACCGGUGUCCCCGCCGGCAGUGACGCAGCCGCGGUUCCGGCCCCGCCUCCCUUUCCCUCAGCAGCGAGGCCGCGGGUGAGACGGUGCCAAGAUGCAGAUCUUCGUGAAAACCCUCACGGGCAAAACCAUCACCCUGGAGGUGGAGCCCAAUGACACCAUCGAGAACGUGAAGGCCAAGAUCCAGGACAAGGAAGGGAUCCCCCCCGACCAGCAGCGCCUGAUCUUCGCGGGGAAGCAGCUGGAGGAUGGCCGCACCCUCGCAGACUACAACAUCCAGAAAGAGUCCACCCUGCACCUGGUGCUGCGCCUGCGAGGGGGAAUCAUCGAGCCCUCCCUGCGCCAGCUGGCCCAGAAGUACAACUGUGACAAGAUGAUCUGCCGCAAGUGCUACGCCCGCCUGCACCCCCGCGCCGUCAACUGCCGCAAGAAGAAGUGCGGGCACACCAACAACCUGCGCCCCAAGAAGAAGGUCAAGUAGAGCCCCCAGCCCUGCCUGCGCUGGCUAAUAAAGUAUUGCAACGCUCA